GUGCUGUGGUCUGUGCUUGGAUCUGUGUUUUGUGAUACCGUUUCGAACAAAUAAUAAAUUGUACUGAAUUAAUAAACAUAACAUAAUUUUAUUGCAAUAAAAUGGCUUAUCAUUAUGUUGUCACUGCUCAGAAACCUACAGCUGUUACAGCAUGUGUUACAGGAAAUUUCACUUCACCUACCGAUUUGAAUCUGCUGGUAGCGAAAGUUACCCGUUUGGAAAUGUACCUAGUGACCCCAGAGGGUCUUCGUCCAUUGAAAGAGGUGGGCUUGUAUGGAAGAGUUGCCAAAAUGAAAAUGUUUAGACCUCCGGAUGAAAAUAAGGACUUAGUGUUUAUUUUAACUGCUCGCUAUAAUGCCAUGAUAUUGGAGUGGAAGACUGGACCUAAUGGUCAGCUGGAAGUUAUCACCAGGGCCCAUGGUGAUGUGUCAAGUAGAGUAGGUAAACCCUCUGAGAAUGGAAUGUUGGCUGUCAUUGACCCUCAAGCUAGAGUGAUUGGAUUAAGACUGUAUGAUGGACUCUUUAAAAUUAUUCCAUUGGAUAAAGAUUCUACAGAGUUAAAAGCAGCUUCAUUGAGACUAGAGGAGUUAAAUGUUUAUGAUGUUGAAUUUAUGCAUGGGUGUGCAAAUCCUACACUCAUUUUGAUUCAUCAAGAUCUCAAUGGACGACAUAUAAAGACUCAUGAAAUUAGUUUGAGGGAUAAAGAAUUCUGUAAAAUUCCAUGGAAGCAAGAUAAUGUGGAAACUGAAGCAUCAAUACUUAUACCAGUCCCUAGUCCCCUUGGUGGUGCUAUCGUGAUUGGACAAGAAAGUAUUGUGUAUCAUGAUGGGCAAAACUAUGUAGCUGUUGCUCCACCUCAAAUCAAGUUGACGCCAAUAAAUUGCUAUUGUCGCGUGGACACCCGCGGACUUCGAUAUUUAUUGGGCGACAUAGCAGGACGUCUCUUUAUGCUGCUUUUAGAAUUACACGAAAAAAUGGAUGGCACGCAAACUGUCAAGGACUUAAAAGUGGAUUUAUUGGGUGACAUACCGAUACCAGAAUGCAUGACGUACCUGGACAAUGGCGUGGUAUUUAUCGGCUCACGGCUGGGAGACUCUGCGCUAGUCCGUUUGUCUGCGACACGAGACGAAGCAAACCAAUAUGUCCAGCCAAUGGAGAGUUUCACAAGUCUCGCACCUAUAGUCGAUAUGUGCGUUGUCGACUUGGAGAGGCAGGGCCAAAACCAACUCAUCACAUGUUCUGGUGCAUUCAAAAUGGGAUCACUGCGCGUCAUACGAAACGGGAUAGGCAUUCAGGAACAGGCGUCUAUUGAUCUUCCGGGCAUCAAGGGCAUGUGGGCACUCACACUUGCUGAGAAUUCUUCGCACCACGACACGCUCGUGUUGGCUUUUGUGGGUCAAACGAGGGUCUUAGCACUCAAUGGGGAAGAAGUGGAAGAAACGGAAAUCAAAGGAUUUGUGUCAGACAGACAAACAUUCUUCACUGGCAAUGUCUGUCAUGACCAGUUAAUUCAGGUGACGGACGAGGGUAUCCGGCUGAUAGGGCGGGGCCCCGGGGGCUGGGAGUUGGCGGAGCAAUGGACCGCUGGUGGGUCCCGGGGCGUGUCCGUGGUAGCUUGCGGCGACACGCGGGUCGUGUGCGCAGCCGGACCGCGCAUAUACCUGGUGGCGAUACACCAGGGCAAACUAGAACCGCUCGCUGAGGUGUGCAUGGAAGAAGAGGUGGCCUGUCUGGAUUUAGGGCCUGGUGGUGAAAACGCACUGUUGGGCGUAGGGCUUUGGACAGACAUUUCGGUCCGCGUACUGCGACUACCAGAUCUUCGACCGCUGCAUACCGAAAAACUAUCGGGAGAAAUAAUUCCCCGUUCGCUGCUGAUCUGCGUUCUCGAAGGCGUUUGUUAUUUACUGUGUGCACUCGGUGAUGGUUCAAUGUUCUAUUUCACGGUGGACCAAGAGACCGGUGUACUUAGCAAUAAGAAAAAAUUCACCCUCGGCACUCAACCCACGGUUCUCAGGACAUUCAGAUCGCUCUCAACAACUAAUAUAUUCGCAUGUUCGGACCGUCCUACAGUGAUAUUUUCAUCCAAUCACAAAUUGGUUUUCUCCAACGUCAAUCUCAAGGAAGUCACGCAUAUGUGUUCUCUAAACGCCGUUGCAUAUCCAGACAGCUUAGCAUUAGCGACAGAUAGUACGGUAACCAUCGGAACUAUAGAUGAAAUCCAGAAAUUGCACAUACGCACUGUACCACUCGGAGAGACUCCAAGGCGCAUCGCUUAUCAGGAAGCUACGCAGACGUUCGGUGUGAUUACGAUGCGAGUGGACAAAUUAGAGUGGACCGCCAGUUCUGGUCCGUCAGCGGUGGCGGUACGCGCUUCUGCGUCCAGCGCGGCCGCCAGCACUAGCGGAGCGCCGCCGCAGCAACCGAAGCAUGCACCUAAUACAUUAGACCUGGAAUUACAUAACCUACUAUUGUUGGAUCAUCACACGUUCGAAGUUCUACAUGCGCAUCAACUAAUGGCAAACGAAUUCGCGAUGUCUCUAAUCUCAUGUAAACUAAGCGAGGAUCCAAAUCACUACUACGCUGUUGGCACUGCUAUCGUUAACCCUGAAGAAUCUGAACCAAAACAAGGUAGAUUGUUAUUAUUCCACUGGACCGAAGGCAAAUUAAUACAGGUAGCCGAGAAAGAAAUCAAAGGAGCAUGUUAUUCUCUUGUAGAAUUUAACGGGAAGUUGCUAGCAUCAAUUAACAGUACGGUUCGACUAUUCGAAUGGACUUCAGACAAGGAGCUACGACUUGAAUGUAGCCAUUUCAAUAACAUUGUAGCUUUAUAUUUGAAAGUGAAGGGUGAUUUCAUUCUAGUCGGUGAUAUCAUGAGAUCAAUGUCUUUACUCCAAUAUAAACAGAUGGAGGGUAGUUUCGAAGAAAUCGCACGCGAUCACAGUCCCAAUUGGAUGACGUCUGUUGAAAUUUUAGAUGAUGACACAUUCCUUGGUGCAGAGAACAACUUUAAUCUUUUCAUAUGUCAAAAAGAUGGGGCGGCGACCACAGACGAGGAUAGACAGCAGUUGGACAACAUGGGUCGUUUCCACGUGGGCGAUAUGGUGAAUGUGAUGAGGCAUGGCUCGCUUGUAUCUCAGCACGCGGACACUGCCGCGCCUGUCUCCAAUCCAGUACUUGUUGCCACAGUUACCGGCGCCAUAUGUUUAGUAGUCCAAUUACCACAAGAUCUCUAUGAACUAUUACAUGUUCUAGAAGAAAGACUGACUCACACAAUAAAAUCUGUGGGCAAGAUUCCGCACUCAUUCUGGAGGUCGUUAAAUUCUGAUAUCACAUCGGAAGUAGCCGAAGGAUUCAUCGACGGCGAUCUCAUUGAGAGCUUCCUUGAUCUCACGAGAGAUAUACAAAAAGAAACUGUACAAGGGAUUCAGAUUGACGAGGGUAGUGGAAUGAAGCGUGAUGCAACAGUAGAUGACCUCAUAAAGAUAGUUGAAGAUCUUACCAGGAUACAUUGAUGAUGCACGGACAAUAUUAGUGACCUAUUAAGCAGAGUGGGGAAUACUUAUUAAACAGUCUAUAUACUU